AUGGCAUCCUCCGCUUCCCACGAAUCCGACAACAACGAUAGCCGCAUUCGAUCCACGGGAGCAGACAGUAGGACUAUCGUCUUUCUCCCCAUGAAACCCAAUAAUCACAUGAUCGAGCUUCGAAACACUCUCUWUGAUGACAGGUAYRGGAUAAUGAUUGAAUUCUUCAAAAACUGCAUUCUACUACCUGCUCUCACUCUGGCAAACCCAAAGGUUCCUCUCAAAUACGUUCAACAGUACUGGCAAAACUGUGAAUUUGACGAUGCCAGUCAUGGUAUAAUGGGCGAUAUCGACGCACCAAACGAUAUGCUUUGUGCCGUCAAAAUUUCACGAGCAAAGAUUUCCAAGGUGUUGUGCAUUCCAACGAGACGAGAGCUCGAAAUUGAACAAUAUGACGAGCUACCAACCUCCGAGGACAUUCUGAGAUUUAACAAAUAUCUUUUGCCAAGAAUUGAUGAUUUGUUUAAUCAAUUAGUAGGGGCAAGUUACUUCUCCAAGAUCGAUUUGCGGUCCGGGUAUCAUCAGUUGAAAGUUAGAGACGAAGAUAUUGCCAAAACUGCAUUCCGAACUAGAUAUGGACAUCAUGAGUUUCUGGUCAUGCCAUUUGGUCUAACAAAUGGUCCAACAACAUUCAUGGAUUUGAUUAAUAGGAUGGAGAAAUUGUAUGCAAAAUUGUCCAAGUAUGAAUCCUGGUUGAAGGAAAUCCAAUUUUUGGGUCAUGUUGUUUCUGAAACAGGGGUAAAAUUUGAUCCUGCAAAGAUUGAAGCUAUUGAGAAAUGGGAAGUACCGAGAACCCCUAUCAAGAUUCGUAGUUUCUUGGGUCUGACGGGGAUUGAAGAAAGAUAUUGCAAAAUAAGUGGAGCAAUGUUUGACGUGUCUGCAAGUAAAGAUUGA